AUGAGGUAUUCAUUACUGGCCUGUCUUGUCAGUGCAGCUCAUGCCUCAACACUACAACUGCGAGAGAAUGCUGCACAAAUAGCUCGGAAUGUUUCGGGUUUCACGACUUACGAUGUUUUGAACUACACCAAAGCUGAUUCUGACGAUGACUGGGAAUUGGAAGUUCCUCUUCGCAUACUCUGUGUCGGAGACUCUAUAACAGAGGGUUGGGGAAGUGAUGCAGAUGGCGGCGAUGGGAAUGGUUACAGGCUUUCUCUCGCGAAGCACCUGUCACUUGUCUUUGCGGGUACAAGACGCAAGGGUUCUAUGGAGGACAAUUAUUAUGCGGCCUGGUCUGGCAAGACAAUUCAGUAUAUAAGCGAGCACAUCACAGAGUCGUUGGAACAGAGACCUAAUCUUGUCCUCCUACACGCUGGAACGAAUGACAUGGAUUUACGACCGUCGAUCUCCAAAGAAGGAAAUGACCCCAAAGAUGCUGCAACUCGUCUCGGCGACCUCAUUGACAAGAUUGUUAGGUACUGCCCGGACGCAGUAGUCCUCGUCGCGAUACCUUUGGCAUCCUGUGACACUGAGAAACCCAAGAUGCCUAUUUACAGAGCCCUGAUUCCUGGACUUGUACGACAGCGACGGAAGGAUGGCAAUCAUGUUAUUGCCGUGGAUUUCAGCACAUUUGAUCUGGGCGAGUUGAGAGACUGCUUGCAUCCUACAAAUGAAGGCUAUAGCAUCAUGGGGGACUAUUGGUAUGACUUUAUAACACAGGUGCCAAAGGGAUGGAUCAAGGAGCCUUUUGGCGAUGACCCAAAGCGAGAAGAGAAUGGGGUUGGAAGACGAGUCCUGCCAGACAGGAUAUCUAUUUUGGGUAUUGGCUUGUACUGGGGCGUGUACCAUAUGUGUUGGGUAUAG